AUGUUCAAGGAGAUUUACGAACUUAAUGAGCGUAAGUAUCAACAACAACGAUUAGGCAAUAGUUUUGGGGCAAUAACAUUAAGUUUCGAAUAUCCCAGCAACAGCGGCAACCUUUCUACACUCUCACUGGAUGAUUUGUCUCAAGCACCCCGACAUUCUACUUUGUUCGUCAGAAUUGCGAUUGCCAAAUGUAUAUCUAAGACAUGUGGUGCAGUUGAGAGCUUUAAUGAGUUUCACGUAUUGAAGUUGAAUAGGUCAGAAGUAACUUGUAGCAUGUUGCGGAUCAUUAAAAACUCUUUUUAUGGAUUUGGCACAGAUUUUUCAUCACACCACGAUGAAAAAUUAAUUAAAAAUUCUUAA